UCGUUCUCUUUCUUAAAGAUCGAGACGCCACGAUGUCGAUCGAUGGUGUGAAGGAAAAUUACUGCGCCGCCAUUAUCGAAGAACAAUAGUCGUGUUAUGUAUGACUGUAAAAGAAAUAUUGUUUAAAAGGUAAUCAUUUUUUAGAUUUUUUUCUUCUUGAAAAAAUAAAUGUCUUCUGAUUCGUUGCAUGUGUUUCUGGCAAUUUAGGAAAACACUGAAAUGGGAUUCUCUCAUUCAAGUUCUUGACAUAAAAGUAAUCAUCACAUUAUGGUUGUUGACAUAAAAGCACUAUGACCUUUUUCUUCAACCUUUUUAAGCCAACGUUAUUUCUCCAUCCUUCUUCACUCCAAACAAAUCCAGAGACUUGGCAGCUCUUCCAAACCAAAACCCAAGUUCAAGAGAUAGGUGGAAUAACAAGCUCGGGGAUGUACUAUCCAAGUGGUUUGUUUGCUCCAAACCCAGUCACCCAAAUACCACCAUCGCUAUCAAUGGAUGAAAAGGACAUAACCAAUGACCUUUUGAAGGAGUACUUGACUGAUAAUCCUGUGGAAGAACUGAAUUAUCUGGUCAUUCAUCCGAACACAAACCAGACGGAGAACUCUAAUUUGCUUAAUCGAAACAUAAGCCUGACCGAGAACUCUACUAAAUUACCAAAAGUUGAGCAUGCCUACAAAGAAGAUGUACCCGCCAUACCCGAAAAACUUGAAGGAAAGCAAAUUGAUCAUGACACAAAUCAGGCAAAAGAUUCCUCUACCAUCCCAAAGUCGGAGAAAAACGAUGUAGAAGAUAUAGCCCCCAAUCAUGUUUCACCAAAACAACAGAUUAAUCAAGACACAGAUGAUCAAACAAAGAAUUCAUCCAACAUAUCAGAAGAGGAGCGCAACUACAAAGAAGAUAAAGAUAUUUUAUCCAUGAAAAUUAGAGAUCAUCUCGAGGCGGCCAAAAAAGCUUUUGAGGAAGAAUGCCAAAAGAAGAACAAUGACGUUGCAAUCAAAGCAAAGCCCAUCGCCUUCUGUCUACCAGAGGGAUCAUCCAACACCAACAAGGCGGCCAAAAAAGCUUUUGAGGAUGAAAGCCAAGAGAAGAACAAUGACGUUGCAAUCAAAGCAGAGCCCAUCGCCUUCUGUCUACCAGAGGGAUCAUCCAAUGCCAACAAGGCGGCCAAAAAAGCUGUUGAGGAUGAAAGCCAAGAGAAGAACAAUGACGUUGCAAUCAAAGCAGAGCCCAUCGCCUUCUGUCUACUAGAGGGAUCAUCCAAUGCCAACAAGGCGGCCAAAAAAGCUGUUGAGGAUGAAAGCCAAGAGAAGAACAAUGACGUUGCAAUCAAAGCAGAGCCCAUCGCCUUCUGUCUACCAGAGGGAUCAUCCAAUGCCAACAAGGCGGCCAAAAAAGCUGUUGAGGAUGUAAGCCAAGAGAAGAACAAUGACGUUGCAAUCAAAGCAGAGCCCAUCGCCUUCUGUCUACCAGAGGGAUCAUCCAAUGCCAACAAGGUCUAUUCGUUUGAGAAAAAGAAACAGAAAAAGAAACAACCUUCUAUAUCCUGGGGAAUAAAGCCAGUAUCAUUUUUCUCAGAUAUCCCUACAGAUAUUAUGGCUAAUCUGCAAGGUCUUGAAAAGUGGCUGAUGAAUCAAGAGGAAAUGGAAGCGACGAUGGAACAUAAGCUUCCAGUUCAACUGUCUAUGGCUAGAAGGCUCCAAGGAUGGACUAUGGAGCUUAAGCAGCGAACAUCCGAUGUCAAAAAAUUUGAUGCGUAUUAUUUCCACCAGGAUUUAAAGGUGAGAUUUCGCUCAGUGAUUCAAGUCAUUAACUUUGUGUUGCAUAAUUCUCUUUGGAAGCCGGUGAAGGGUGAGCUCCCUAGUAAGAGGAAAGGUUUGGUCAGCUAUGCUCCUCCUGAAUCUAGUCAAAAGAAGAGGAAGAUAACAAAGGCGGAAGAGAUUGAAGUGCAGGAAUUCUUAGCAGAAGCAUUCGACAAUCUGCAGAAUGGUCGAUGGGAUCCUGCAUAUGGAGGAACUCUGCAUUCUGGCAGAGAAGGUGAUUGUUCUCAUGCGAAGAGUAAGGAUGAUGCCGGCGGAAAUGGCGACGACAUGGACGGGGAUGGUGUUGAUGAUGGGAGUACUGCUGAUUCCGGUGGAAAGGGGGAGACAAUGAAGUGACCGAUUUCGAUCAUUGAGUUGGUUGCUGGGAAAUUUGGAACCUUCAUUUAUAUCAUGCAUGAUGCAUAUUUUCGAUACAAUAAUGGAUCAAACAAGUGGUGUUGCUGGUCAUGAACGUGAUCAUUUGCAGUUUGUUGGUUGUUUGAAUUUGAAGUACAUUUUGUGAGAAGUUGAACAUUGCAGUAGCUUCAUUGACAUUUUUUCAGGGAGCUAAAUGGUUAUUUUCAGAUAUAGUUUUUUGUUGUUUCAUAAUUCAGAGGUUCCGUAUUGUUGUUGAUUUUAUGCCCUUGAAAUAUUUUUUUUUUUCUGUUUCUUAGAAAAUGAUAAAUUUGGUAUAUGGCAUUAUCAUCCAUGAUUAUGGACCAAGCUUUAACAGGGUGAGGUUUAUCAUACCGGAGUUUGUACUGAAAAAAGUGAGUAGUAUGAUAUUUCAUAUUGAAAUCAUAAUUUGAUUGUAGUUCAACGGUUUAGAAUCGUCUACCAACUUAGCCUCUGAUAUAUAGUUUUUUUCUGUCAGAUCACCGAUAACUGCGGUACACUUUCGCACUACUUUUUAACGCUUUCUGCUUAUAUCCAAAUUAUGAUAUCCAUAAACUACGGGCUACGGCCCAAUAACUUUACCUUCCCAGUCCCCCACCGAACUAUUCCAUCCAGUCUACAAAACCCACAACCCAAAAGGCCGAACCCCUCCCCCCAAACCGUUCCCUAGUCCAUACCCUCCUUCGGCCCAUCCCUUCGGCCCAGAAUGAUUAACAUAAAGUAACCGAUCGAGCUGGCGUAAUCUUGUGCUUGGUUCCUAAACCCUAAUAAAAAGAGCAAUCAAAGAAAUGGAUGUCGUUGAACUAGAAGGGCUUAGCUGGCAUUAAGUGUUCUUUGAUAUUACACCGUGAAUUUGGUCGCCUCCAGAACAUGAUUUAAGUUGAAAAUGGGAGAUUUUAGAGAUAAGGAUACAACAAACAAAAUGGGCGUUGGGAAGUCUUAUUGCUUUUCCAAAGUGAGCCAAAUGUGUUGAAUAGAAGAGUUUAUUCAAUGUAUAUAUUUAUGACCAUAUAAACUGCCCAAAAUUACACAUUCCUUUUGCUUUUCUAGCAUGUAUAGUUCCAGCUUCUUCUUCUUUUUUUUCUUUUUCUUUCAGUGAAGAUUUCCUUGCUGUUAAUAUUGCAUGUUCGCCAGCCCAAAGGAGUUGCCCGUCAAAUGUAUAAAAUGUUCUUAAACUUUGUUGCAUUUUUACUCAGACCAACUCGGUGAUCGAGUCAAGGUGGGAAAGAAUGUUUUCAUUUCGUCAAGGUGAGGAUUCUGGGACGGUGAUCUGUCAAUUUUGUCAAGAUUCCUUUUUUAAAAUUAAAUUAACAAUUAUCAAAUAAAAAAAACAUAUAAUUAGUGCAAGUUACAUCAAAAAGUUCACGAAAUGUUUUCAUAUCGCGAAAACUGAACUUCAAACAGCUUCUUCGUCUAGGUUUGGGUCAUGUAGACUGAUAAGACAGGGAUGGCCACCUGCCUGCCCUUAUGAACAAAGGCAGUGCUCAGUUUCCACAUUUUGUCAUCAAUGCAACCGCUGUAAUGUGUAAUGUUCAACGUGGAAGCAAUAUAAUACUACAGAGAGAGGACAUCAAUGCUGCAGACCAUAGAAUUAAUAAUCAACGCCAAAUUGUUGUACUAGCUAGCUAGGGUAGAGUAUGUUUAACGGCAGUAGUACUAAACCUGGAUUCUUGUUUCAGGCUAUUGAAUUAGAACACAGACAACUUGUCUGCAAAUAGUUUUUCCCUUAAACAAGUACACAACACAAACAACGUCGAAAUACCCACGAGCCCAAAUUCCAAAGAGGUUUUGACCAGUGGCGUAGCCAGGAUUUUAUUCAAAGGGGUGCCGUAAAAAAUUACAUUUGCAGUCUCAUGUCUGAUAUUGUGAAGUUAUUUUAUAACUUUAUGAAUCGGUCAAACUAUCAAAAUUUCACACUUAAUAAAUCCCACUGAAUAAC